AUGGACGAAGACAGUACCUCGCGUUGCCCUUGGGAGAGGGUUGGACCUGAGACCACUCCACCUGAAAGCUUACCCCGUGGUGGGUGUUCUGCUCACCUGUCUCCCACCCGUCAAGAUCAGGACGUCCCUCGCUCGGCUCAGGAUGCGGCCGAGCCCCAGCGGCUGCAGGGUGUCGCAUGCGAGUCUGGAACAGUGCCUUUUCCCUUCUCGCCUUCCUUCGGCUCGCCGCAUUCGCUACCGGCGAGUUCGCAGCCUGAUGCUUGCUCGCCGGACCACGCAGGUUCGACGCGGAUUCCUCAGUUCCACGUGCGGCGGGUUCCCUGUGAGGACGAUCAGGGGGACAGUCGCGAGGGACGGGAAAGCGAAGAACAAGAGCACACCGAAGAGGCGGGGUCGGAGAGAAGGAAAGUUCGAAGGAAAGACGGGGAGGACCGGGAGAACGCCUCGGAACGUGUACGGGAGAAUGGAGCACAGCUCGAACUAAAGACGACGGCGCCGCAUAGUAUGCGGGAAGACGCCACGACAACAGCUCCUCAUGAAGAAGCAAGACAAGAUCUUGGAACGGAUGGCGCGCUGUCGGUUCCCGCGGACGAGCCAGGUGCUGCCUCGGUGCGGUCGGAGACAGAAACAGCACUCGGCGAGGACCUAUCAACGCAUUUCUCGAGGCUCUCGCUGAACCAUGGGGAAGUGCCCGCGUGCGGUGUCGCGGCAAAUGUGGCGGGGACAUCGAGGGCGCACGUCAACCCCCACAGUCCGACGUCUGGGCUUCCAACCUGUUCCUUGCGUCUCGCUUCUGGCCUCAGCGCGUCCGGUCGCCUCGAACAAUCUCGCGCUGCAUUUUCUCGUCUGCACGACCUUGCGGAGCCCGCUUCCACUUCAACCGGGCACGAGGAUCCACAGAACCCGGCGUGCCUCGGCGAUACCCUGCCGGCUCGGUCCGUGUCUUCAGCGGACGGUUCUCUCGACGAGGCCUUCGCUUCGUCGGAGGAAGGUGGCCACCAUGCAGCUCCUGCGCCCCGUCAAGAGCCUACCUUUUUUUCCGCGCCGCACGUUCCUCUCGUCCCGGUGGGAAUGGAUUUCUCUGAAGAGAAAGAUGCUCUGUUGGCGGUUCCUGCGGGGCUCCGAACGCCCAGCAGCUUUUCCGGGCGCGUCUCGCAGCAGCACCGGCCGGGGGCGUUCGCGCUUAGGCCUGAAGAAGUCCCUCUCUUUGACACCCAAAUCAACUCCUUCGACGACUUUUUGCACGCUGUGGAGCAAAAAGAGCAGGAGGAGGCGACGCGCACCUUUCUCGACAUCUGCGGCGCGUCGGAGCGCGAAGGCGGCAGCGGCGACAACCCGGGGCCGAAGCUCGACGAUGAGCUCCGCCCUUGUUCCUUGUGCAAACGGAGUUUUGCUGCCUGGAGGCUGCCCCGACACGUCCAGGCGUGCGCUCGUGCGCGGGACGCGCGUCUGGCCUUUCUGCGUCGGCAACGCGCCCAAAAUCCUCGAGCGUCGAAGCCUGCGGGCUCUUCUGGAUCGGAGGCCGCUUCGCUGCAUGAGCAUGGCAAGAAAGCGAGGAGCACUGGCUCUGCUGCGCUCGCCGUUCCCCCACAAGGAAACUCGCAAGCUGGUCUGCGGCCGGUGUCCAUCCAGCCGAGCGAGGCAGCCGCCGCCGACCCCGCACAAUCUGGAGAUUUUCCGGUUCCCUCGGGGCGCACUUCCGUGCUCGUGGAGGCUGUCCAACAGCUGACGAGCUCCAGUGAGAGGGAGGCUGAAAGGUCGGCGGAGGACGACGCAAGAAGGGAAGCUGAGCGAGGCAGUCGCGAGGGAAAUGAAGGCCUCGUGGGCCGCGCGGUCCAAGAUCCGACUGCGGCGGCCACCUGCGAAGCGUUUGGGCCGCAGGCAGACGGAGACAAAUGCGAAGAGGACUGUGAGGCAGAAGAGACAGAGAGAGUCGGCGAGGCACUCGCGUGUGCGUCUUUCGAGGCAGAGGACUUGCUGGACCGCGCGACACUCCCUGGGUCCGCGGGAUCGUCAGGAACUGCAUGCAACCGCGGCACCGUUUUCGGCGCGGUCUCGUCGGCCUGCUUCGCUUCGAGGGAGGCGUCUCGCUCAGUUUCCCCCACAGAAGGCGACAGGCAAGGGGCGAGCCUCUGUGUGUCAGAAGACUCUCAAUUAGGCGGCACUGGAGACGCCACAGUGCCUCGAGGCGAGGACUCGGCUUCCGAGGAAAUCGACCUUGCGGCGCCGGUCCUCUUGCUUCCUUCCCAGACCGACAACGGCCCCCCAGUGGCAGUCACCGUUUUCGCCCGUUCGUCCGCUCCUCUGUCUUCGCUGUCCGCCUCAGUUUCUUCCGACGGCGAGAGCGGAGGCCCGCAGGCUCCCCAGUGCUCGGAGAGGCUGUCCCCGCCGCAGUCUGGGGCGGGACGCGCGCAGACUGCCUCGGGCAGCGCGGCCGAGGGGAGGUUUCUCGAGGAGGCGACCGAGCUGUCGCUGCCGCAUUUCUUGGACGUCCAGGCGACGCUCGCCGUUUUGCCGCUACCCUGGGAGGUGGAAGGCGAGCGGUGGGAGCCUGAGGAGCUGGAAACGAAGGUGUGCACGGAGGAGGACGAGACAGAUCUCGCGAUGCUCCAUUCACCGAAGAUGCACGGAGGAGAGGGCCUUUCUCUUUCGCUCAGAGGUUCGGCAAAAGUCGUCUGCUCUUCUUCCCAUAGCUGCACUCCGCCUUCUCGUUCCCCGUCGGAGGCCUCUCGCCAGGCGUCUCGACUGUCCUCGUCUUCGCCCACAGAUGGCGACAAGUCUCCGGGAAAAAAAGCGAGUUCGGCGAGUGCAGCACCGGCCCCCCUCAGACGGGGCGAAGCGAGGAGGAGCGAAGAACCUGCGACGAAUCUUGCCGGCGCGACGGAAUCCGUUCCGAGAAAAAGUUCUAAGCCGCAGAGGGCCACAGCCCCCACGAGCCCGCGCACGCAGAAGCCGGCGACUCACGUGUAUUCACACAACCCGACGGAACAGACGGCGAAGAGAGACGGCCUGAGGAGCGUUCGCCCCGAAGAUCGGUGGAAGAUCCAACCGACGGCAACCUGUCCCUUCUGCUCGAGAAGCUUCUGCGUCAAAAGGUACGAGGGCCACGUGCAAGUUUGCCAGCGUCUGCGCUUCACCCGGCCGGCCGGUGUCGCGAAGAAGGCGUCCGCCCAGGAAGUCAAGAGUGUUGAAGCGAAGAAAGCGAAAAGUCGCCUUCCCUCGUCGGAAUCUGCCAAGCGCAUUCCGAUAUGGAUGCGAGGAGCUGUCGCAAAGGGACAGGGUGAAGAGAAGCCGGAAGGCAAGAGAUCUGUCUCCGCGGCUGCGAGACGCGCGGACGGAGCUGGCUGCAAGGGCGGGGUCUCGGAGCGACGCGACUGCAAAGUGAGUGAAGAGAGAGACAGGGCGGCGGCAGCGAAGGAGUCCGAGAAACCGGGUCGCGCUGGGACAGAGCGCGACGGAAAAAGGCCGCUCGCGAACGGGAGAACAGAGCCGCCCAGAGACGGAGAUAGUCAUGAGAUGGAGAAACCCGAGACGGUCCCCCGAGCCGUACGAGGGGCGUCCUGUGGAGCGGCCGAACGACUCGCCGCUUCAGGUCGCAGAGAGAGUGGAGGUGGCCCCAGAGGAGACGAGCCGCAAUCGAAACGGUCUGAGGCGGCUUCGGCUGCGGAGAUGCUCGGGAACGCGUUGUUGUGUGGCACGGGAGGGCCCAAUGCUUCACCGGGCGCGAUUUCAAGCGGGGAUCCCAGUUCGCCUUCUCUGGGUCGAGCGAAACGCGAGAGUCCCCUACCCCUCGUUCCCCUCCAGCAAGGCGAUAUGUCUUUGUCGCCGUUCUCCACUGCUGCUUUGAGCGAGGCUCUCUUGGAGAUGGCGACGGAGCACCCACCAGCGGAGGCGCGGGUUGAGCAGCGGAGACACGGCAGCGCCGGAGAGAACCGCGUUCCGGGGCAGCGUCUCUCUCCUUCCGGCCUCAUCAGGGACUUGGUUUUCCAGCUGGUGAUGAUGGGAGUGCAAGCCGCGGGGGCCGAGCGUGCCGCAGAAGACUCGGGCCGCUCGCGACAGCCGAGGUCGCAAGACAGUCCCUUUGUCUCAGGUUCUCGCUCGGCGUCGGGCGCCAGAGGGUGGCCGGACCUCGUCUUUGACGUCGUGUCGCGCGUUCAAGAGAACCCAACAGACAGUGAAGCGAGCGACGAAGAGAGUUCGGGGCCCGGCCGCGCGCCGCCCCUAGGGUGGACUCGCGAACCGGAGGGAAGAAGCCUCGAGGGAGGUCAGCCAGGCGAGAGUCUUUCGGCGGGAGGCGCAGGGCUGCACUUGUGUUUAGAAGGCGCGAAGCGAGGGAGACAGACGUCGGGGUCCGUCUGGGCGACCUCUGGGCGGGAGCGGGAGUUCGCGCGGGACGGUCGCGAAAGGAACGAAGGUGCCGAGUUGAACGGCCUGCCGUGGGGGCUGUUGCCGCGGGAGCGUUCCCGCCUUCGGAAGGAGGACCAAAGAGACGCCGACUCGCGAGAAGUCGACAGCGGAUCGCGUUCUUCGUCGGUGUCCUGCGAGAUGCGUCUCGCGGGGGGCUCUUGCGAGCACAGCGUCGCCAGUCUUGUCGACAGUGCCUCGGAGUGUGUGCCGGGAGAGGCAGACAGUGAAGACGAGGCGGCUUUGCUUGGGGCCUCCCACCACAGCUUUGGGACUGCUUUUUUCGCGCCGUUUUCCUCGAAUGAAGGCCUUGUGGCGCGCCACGACUCUCGCCGGCUGACUGGCCCGGUCACCGCGAAGAGGGCCGGGACAGGAGAGCGAGGCAGCGCGGGUCUGUGGUCGAGCCGCGAAGGGAGAGGGCGGAGCUCAGACGGAGGAAAGGUGAAGAGUGCCCCAAAGUCGGUCGUGCAGAGGAAUGCGAUUCGGCGCAUUCACCAAGGCCAUGUGAGUGCCGAGACGCCGCUGGAGUCUCUGCGCGAAGAACCGAGCUCCUUCUCGCAGUCCAGUGGAGAAGACACCGACGCCGUGCUGCCUGGUCCCGAUCUAGUCCAGGGCGAUUCCAAAGGGGCCCUCAAAGAUCUCCUUCGCCGGUCUCGGAUGCUGCUCAAACAGGCGCGAGCGCUGGAACCCCCGUCUGCUGCGCAGGUGGAGCGCAGAGGAACGGGGGGAGACAUGGCGACGGACGAGACGGCGAGAGACGCACCGGAUGCGGGAAAUCGCGCGGACGGAGACGAUGCGAAGGUCUGCACACCCUCAGGAACUCUCGCGGCUUCUUGCGGGUCGCCAUCUGACCCAGUAGGGUGUUGGGAACUCCUGGAGACAGGAGCCUGGGGCAACUCACAACGCGCCUUCUCAGGUAGAGAGGAGACCGGGGCCGAGGCCUGCUCGUCGGUCGCACACUCUUCUCCGUUUCAGCAGCGGACUGUGGAAAGCGCCAGGAACGCUCCGGAAGAUCGAAGUGCGAGCGAAGACCCCGGAGGUGCUGCCGUCGACGGAGACCUGUCGGCGCGUGCACGCAGCGCAGAUUCGGAAGCAAGACGCUUCUUAGAAACAGAAAAGGGGGCGGCCAGUCGAAGCCCACAGAAGCGAGUCUCGACCGCAAGUCAUCUGCAUGCCGCGUCGCUCUCGAGGGCCGACGGCGACCGCGCAGAAGGGAAGCAAGAAGACGCUUGUGCACCUCGGAGGCUGGUCGGCGCGUCCUCAAGGCAGACGGCGUCAGGCAGCGGGGCGGGCUCUGUCCCAGAAGCGUUCGAAACGGGAGAGCUUCCGGAGAUCUCCCAGGCAGUCUCCCGCGCGGUCGAUUCGUCUCUCCCGCGUCCUGCCUUUCCCUUUUCUUCCCGCGAGGCGAGCGUGGCCUUUCCGCCGGGCUUCUCUGCUGGCGCGUGUGGGCGACCUGACAGCCGCUCCCCAUCCCGCGAAGCGUGCUGCGCGACACGAACAGGGAGUGUGCCGCCUGGAGACGAAGUUCUCCCCCGGAGACACCGGCGGCGCAUUUCGUUCGAAGAGGCGACAGAUUUUGCGGCCAGGGACCGCCCCGGUUCGCCGCCUCAGUUGAAUGGGUGCGCCGACGCGCGACUGAUCAGGGGCGGCGAAGACGAGGAAAGGAGCUUUCACCACGGGGAGGCAGGCCGACGCGCAAGAAGAGAGAUUGAGCGACAGUCCUCUGGAAGUACAAACUCUGCCUUCUCGAACUCAGGCUCAGAGUGGAGCCGACGAUCCUCCUGCGCGUCUCGCUCGUCUUCUGUCUCAUCCCAACCCGGCGAUGUGUCUCCCCCCCGUAGUUUCGUGGAGAGUCCCCCGAGAUGGUCCAGCGCCGAGCAGCCCCUGGACGUUGGUCUGCGCGAAACUGGCCACCCCCUUCUCACUUCUCGCGUUUCCAGUUUCCUCGACGAGUUUCACCAAAACUUUGGCACACCGCGGCUGCCUCGCGAAAGCAGAGAAACAGGAGGUCGGUCCCGUGCGCGAGAGAGUCUCUCUCGGUCUACGGCAACCGCUGCAGCGGCGGGGGGGGGGCAUGUCCGGCGCAGCUCUGCGGAAAGUCGACCAGAAGGCGGUGUCUCCCUUGGAGGUCGAGGGCGAGAUCACUUCCUUCCGUCGUCCUGGCAGGCUUCGCAGAUGGGAGAAACGGAGCCUCGGUCUCGAAACAGCCAGAUGGGAAGGGGACUCGUGGCAAGAGGCGAAGAACACAUCCCGGCGGCGAGGCCGCCCCAAAUGCUCGUGGGCAGCGGAUCGACCCGGAGAGAACAAGCGAAGUCUUGCACGGCGCUGGGCGCUUCCGGGGAACCUUCCGGUGGGUCACAGAAUUCCGGAGGUGGUCAGGUGCACGGAUGGCGCGCAGGGACACAAAACCUCGCACGCCCGUGUCAAGAUUCGUUGCUUGCUGGAGACAGCUCUGCAACUCUUGCUGAUGCUAACUUUGCGCUUAGAAACACAGUUGUUCCGCAGCCGUUUCAACCGCCACAGCUGGGAGGCGGGGGCAAAAGAGAAGAGAGGACAGUGCGAUACCCCGUAGCAGACCAGCAGUCCCUCACUGGAAACGAGGCCUCUCGUGCCCGAGCCGUGGGAUCCUCGCUCUUCCGGGUGGCGCCUGUCGCCAGUCAAGUCGCGCCUGUGGGAGAAGGCAGAGACGGUCAAGCGGGAAUCCCGAGGGCGGAUGUGUCGCGGGCACUCUCAGAUGUGCACGAAAGGGGGGAGCCAAUCAAGGUGUCGGCGGCGGAGCACCCGAGCGUUGUCCAUUUCCGGCUGUAUCCGGAACCGACGAAACGUGAGUUGGAUGCCAGGCACGGUUCCGCUUACAACGCCCCCCUUUCCCACUCUUCUUCCUUUCUUUCGACAGCGGCGCCGUCACGGCCCGCUGUCACGCCGGUCUGUGAAACGCGCUCGAUGUAUGGGGGGUAUCUUCCAACCUGUGUCGUACAGAACGAGACUUAUGGUGGGGAGCUCUACUCGAAACCCGGAGGACUGUCGGUAGCGGGGGGCGAGCAGAAAAGCGGGGUUCCGUCGUUCUCCAUUGCCGCCCGUUCCGUCGCUGUUCCACCCCAGCCUCUGGCUGACGUCUCGUCCAGCGCCGUCGGGAGACCGAACGAGUCUUCUCCGGCACCAGGCGCUUCCGGGUUUCUCCUUCCAAGUGACCAUGCCCCUGGCAACGCACCGGUCAUGCACUGGGAACUAAAUCUGAGGACUGGGCAGUGGCGAAGCCAGAGCGGCGAACCGCGUCGAGGGGGAUCGUCGCUCCGUGUUUCUUCCGCAGGGAACGGUGGCACGCCCAUUCCCGUUCCCGGUCGAACGCCCGAACCGCAUGCGGCGGGAGCCGGUACAAAGAGCCGUCCCCUUGGCGGAGGCUCUGAGAGCAACGAGGCAGCCAGGCACUGGAAAGGCGUGGCGAACUGCGGGACAUCCCAGCUGGUGUCCAUGGCCAGUUUGCGGACGCAGGAGGGAUUUCUGAGCGGGCGAGGCGCGCCGCAGGCGACUCUAGCCGCAGUGCGGGCCGUCAGCUCGGCGGGCGUCGCUCGGUCCAUCCCUGUGCAGGAACCUUCUCCGCUUCAGCGCCAACUUCAGCAGCGCCUGCUGGCGUCGAAGAGCAAUCGCUGGGACGUUGCAGCUUCGAGGUCGCCUCCGGAGGCGACGGGGAGCGGGAGAGGAUCCAGCGCCUGGCGGGUGCCAAAUCCAGUCGACGAACAGGAAAUGCAACGACGGAAGGAUUAUCUGCAGUGGUGCAAUCUUUCGGUAGUUUCUCAACCUAUAGUGUGUGAAAAGGCAACGGAAGCGCCGACGUCGGUGCCCUGGCCAAGAGCCCGCUUCGCGGGAGGGACGCUGAAUGCAGCGGCGGGAUGUGCGUUGCCGCAGACGUGGCAAGGCGCAGCAGGAAGCGAACAGAAAGGGACAUCCUGGCUUGGGGCGGGGGGUUCGAAAAUGCCGAGUUGGGGCGGGGCACGGCUGUCUGCUAGUCACCGGGUGUUCUUGGCAGAGCACUAA